AAAAAAUCUUUAGGUUAGUCUGAAAAAUACUAUAUUGCCUGUAUGUAGGAUUUGGUAUGGAUGCCCUUUUCUGAAAGAAAAAAAAAGGUUCUCGGUAAAAUUGUCUUCCGUUAUGAGAGGGUAGUAUUGAAUAAUAUAUAUAUGGGUAAAGAUUGCCAAAUCUGUGAUCUUCUCCAAACAACAUUUUGACAUAUCCUCGAAAAAGAAACAAUUUGCUGAAAAUAACAAUAAUGGAGAAGUUCAUCUGAGUUUUAUCCUUUAUUCAACAGGUAGUCCAGGACCAGGUGUCCUCAGGGCCAACACUCUCACAAGGGCCAGAGUUAGCAGAUAUACUGUCGCUUAUAAACGGGCGCUGCAGCAGGAUCCAGGUGUUAACACUGUUCACCUGCUGACAUGGCUCUGUUGAAGUGCACACUCGGCCUCCUGAUCCUCCUCGUGGCCUCCGACUGCUCCCGGGCUGAAGAGAAGGAUCUGUCCGUCGCUGAGCUCCUGUGGAAGGCCAACAAGGAUGUUGUGCGUACAGAAGAAGAGCCCUUUGUCAUGGAUGACAUCGCCUAUGACAGUGUGAGUGAGAGAAACGCAGAUCAGUGCACAUCGCGCGGCUGCCUGUGGUCCAGGUCUGCUGAUGGAAAUGUCUACGUGCCAUACACCAUCGCCUCACAUUACUCUUCCCGUGAGCGCUCCAUCAUCGAGCGAGGGCUGCAGUCCUUCCACGACGUCUCAUGCAUUCGCUUCACACAAAGAACCGGCCAGAGAGACUACCUGAGCAUCCAGUCCCACAAUGGCUGCUACUCGUACGUCGGCCGCCGUGGUUCUGCCCAGUCCGUGUCUCUGGACCGCCAGGGCUGCCUCUACCACAACACCGUCCAGCACGAGCUGCUCCACGCCCUCGGCUUCCACCAUGAGCAGUGUCGCUCCGACAGGGACCAGCACAUCCGCAUCCUGUGGGAGAACAUCCAGUCGGGUUGGGAGUACGCCUUCGACAAGAUCGACACGCUGAACCUGAACACUCCGUACGACUACAACUCUGUCAUGCAGUACCACAGAUACGCCUUCUCUGGGAACAAUAAGCCCACCAUGGUGCCCAUCCCCAACGCUAAUGUUGAAUUUGGCACGUCCACCGAGAUGAGCAAGAAUGACAUCGCCAGACUGAACAGGCUGUACAAGUGUUAAACAGUAAGAGGUGGUGAAACCAGCCCUGACAACAUGAUCCCAGAUCCGACAUCAAAGCAGCCGUUUAAAACACUGAGGAUCGUUUCCCACUCUUUAAAACAGUUCAGGACAUUAAAUUGACAAGCAAGCCUCA